CUUGAACACAAGAUAAUCUAUUCUGUAAUGGCGGCAUAGAAAGUGCACCGUCUCUUUGUACUCUACAAUUUUGCACGAAGUAUUUGAUCACGGGUUAUACCCCUCUUUACAAAUCAGUUACUCACUGAUGCAUUUACAAAGUCAGCAGUUAAAAAGAGCAGCAAAACGAUGAUCUUCUCUUUUGUUCCCUUGUGAUAGGCCUAUGGUAAAUGACAGUGAUAUGCCCUCAAAUUUUCUAAUCAGUAAAGAUGAACGUCGACGUAUUCUCCGUCAAACAAAGGAUUGGAAUAAAGCUCUCCUUCCUAAUGGAAAGUUAGCGCUUGAACCAUGCUUUGUUCACCAGUCUGUUCCUGAUAUAAUACCAAUCUUUAACAUAUCAGAAAAUGCAACAAUAAAUGAUGAUAGCGAAGCAACAUAUUCAUAUCACCAACAGCAGAGGAAAGCAACUCACCUGUGCAUGCAAACAAAAACCUAUUGGACCAGAAACUUGUUUUAUUCGGGCAUUGCUGAUCCCUCCGAUACUCAAACUUUGAAAGCUUUAAAAUUCUGCACAACAGUAUUUAAAGAUGAUGGUGAGCUGAAGCGAAUCAUGUCCGUCAAAAGGAAAAAGGAUCUUCAUCGUCUACGCUAUCAAACAAAAGCAGUAAUAGACUUGACAGACAUCGCAAGAUUAACUUCAGGUUUUGAAAACUAUUUGAAAGAAGCUAUGGAAGCUUGGCCUGAAGAACCUAAGACUUCCUGGAAUAGGUUGGUGCGAAUAUGGAAGAGAUAUGGAUUUUUAUGGCCAGAAAAGCUUUAUUUGGGUAUGUAAGGUGUUAUGAGUUUGGCGGGUUUAUUCUCUUUCUUCUAGCAAAGAUCUCCUUAUUGAAGAAAGCUGUUUUAUGAAAAGCUACCAUUUUUAGAGCAGAGUAGGCCUUCCGAGGAUUAUGUUAUUGUUUGUCGCGCAAAAUUACGGCCUAUUCAUGAGUUUUUUCCAGACAUAUAUGCUGAUCAGAAGCAGUACAUUGAAGCCAUUAU